GUUCUUUUUCUUUUUUCUCUCUCUUUUGAAACUAAAAUAAUAAUAAUAAUGCCUCUGGAAGAACCUCAAAAGAUUAAAAGUUUACUUGUAGGGGGUACAAGUAUUGCUUGUUUAUUGACACUGUAUAUUCUAUCCAACCCUUCUUCAUCGCAACCCAACGUCCAUGUAUCUCCUCAGAAUAACAGUAAUCUUUGUACUUCAGACGCUUUUAAUAGUGGUCAAUGGGUUCAUCAAAGUAUUGGCCUUGAAUCCCAUUCGAUUGAUGGUCUAAGUGCAUUUGCAGGCUAUCAUUGUAAUUGGGACUUUGCUCAUCGAUGUUACAUGCGAUCCGAUCAUGCUGAAGAAUUCAAUCGUAGUAAAGCCAUGCUAGAUUAUUCAUGGCAACCCGAUAGUUGUACAGUCCUUCCGUUUGACGCCCGACAAUUUUCCAAGCACCUAUCUGAGAACCCACUUUUACUGGUAGGGGACUCGAUUACACAAUUGAUGUUUGAAAGUCUGUGGUGUCUUACGGGACAAGACAUGACAUCACAGAACAAGGACACGCAUUUAUCGGGUGGUGAUAGUGAGAUGUGGGCUGGACAAUUGGUUCAUCGUGAACGUGAAAACCAGGACGAUGCUGUAUCCAUUGCUUAUAUUCGAUCGGAUUAUCUGGUGAAAUUAGACGAUUUUAGUCUUAUCAAACCCAAUGAAGGACAAGGGUAUCAAAUUGGUGUGGGUAAUAACUUUCCUUGGGUGCAUGUCUUGCCUCGUUUCAAAUACAUUAUGAUCAACACUGGCCCUCAUUGGCAUCCCGAUUUGAAAUGGGGACCGGAAAAGAGUCGUCAGGAAUUAUUGAGCGCUUUUGAAAAGGCCAUGACAGGGGCUUUCGAGUAUCUCAAAAAACAUGUACGUCAGGAUCAACGUGUUUGGGUGCGAUCCACGCCUUAUGGUCAUGCCAAAUGUUCUCAAUAUACAGCUCCCAGUAACCCACCCGUAGCACCUACAGGUCAGCCUGGAGAGUACGAAUGGGAUAUGCUAGAAAAGUUUGACUUUUACUGGAAGGACUUGAUUGAAAAGGAAAAGGAUCCUCGAUUCAUGUUUUAUAACGUAUCUUUAUCCAACCUACGUGGUGAUGCACAUUCACGACCGGACUCUGAUUGUCUUCAUACGUGUCUUCCUGGACCUGUGGAUGAUUGGAAUAAAUUCCUUUAUCAUGAAAUGAUCAAAAGUGUAGAAUUUAAGCAAUAAAUUAUAUAUUUUUUUAUUAUU